CUCAGCGCAUGCGAGUGUCGAGCAGGCUCUCCCAUGGUCCCUUUCCACUAAGGAGUCACUUAGUCAGCGUCCCGUUGCAGAAUUGUAUUUGUUUUUCAAUCACUAACUCGUAUUAAACUCACGUCUUAGGAAUGCCAUGGCUACUCAGAAUAACCAGGAUUACUUUCGGUCGGUCAGCAGCGAGUCCGCCACAUACAUGAUGGUUCCUGCGAACAGCCGUGUUCGGGACUCGCCGUCGAAGUUAUGGAUCGCCAUGGUCGUGAUCGUGGUGGUCGUGCUGCAAAUCGCCUCGACCACCGGACUUUUUGUCUACUUAAACAUGUCUUUAUCACACGUUAAGAAUCAGGGGGUUACAGAAGAGCUUCGGUGCCUGGGUUUGCUCAAUGCACUGGAUAAGGAUAGGGACAUUCCUGAAGACCUGGCCCAACUGUUUGGAGAACCUUGCAUCAAACUAGCCGAGGGUAUUAAGGCGUAUAUCUCUAAGGUUACAGACAGUAUCAUCUCCAAACAAGCCUUUCAUGAGGCAAGAGCCAUGCCACAUUCAUAUAAUACAUCAGGGUCAAAGUUAAUGACCACAGUGACACAACGACCAUCAGCCCACCUGACUCUUAGCAGCCUCCCAGGUGGUGCUCAGUAUUCCAACCCUCAACCAGACCUGCACCAGUCCUGCCGCCACCCAGUACGUUCCUGGGCCAACCAGAGCUUUGGCGCCCAUCUGCACAACAUGACGCUCACCAACGGCCGCCUCCGUGUACCCCAGCAUGGCCGCUACUACCUGUACUCCCAGGUGUACUUCCGCUACCCCUCCCCCAUCGAGGGCGAUGAACACAGCGUGAGCCACCAGCUAGUCCAGUGCAUCUACAAGAAAACGUCCUACCUGAGGCCCAUUCAGCUGCUGAAGGGAGUAGGGACUAAAUGUUGGGCGCCUGAGGCAGAAUAUGCCCUUCAUUCGGUGUACCAGGGCGGCCUCUUUGAGCUGCAAGCGGGCGACGAGGUUUUCGUGUCCGUCUCUUCUCCCACAAUGGUGUACGGCGAGGACUCUUCUAGCUACUUUGGAGCUUUCCGUCUGGAUCUGUAAGAGAGGAACUACACUAGGACCACAUUACCCAGAAUGCACUGGGUGGAUCACUUUGGGGGAUGCCGCCCAGAGAAAAAGACGAAUCAUUUCAUUGUUUCAUUUUUCUUUUUAUAAAACAGACAUGUGAAGGAUGUGUGACCGCGGGAAGUUCUUCCAAAUAUUUUUUUAAGACAGAGGAAUGUAUGUAUAUUUCUAUAAUCACAUCAUAGAUGUGACUCUCUGAAGCAAACGGGAGAGAAACAUGCGAGGUGAAUCUGUGCCAAAGGUGUAUAUGUUUAGCGUGAGAACAACACUCUCUUGUCCGCUGGAAGGGAAUAUUUUUGUGUACAGCUGAUCUACAACAGAUUUUAAAAAUAGAGAUAUGAAAAGAGAGCAAUGACGGCGGGAAUGUGGAGAAAAGAAAGAGGAGAGUGGAAGUAUGUGGCUCUACCAGCCUCAAAGAGCAUCCUGACGGGUUGCAGAACCGUGGAAUUUCUGUCCAGUCGAACCAGUGGAGCAGCAUGCCCUCAAAAAGACCUAAAAACAUUUGACACGCAAACACAGGUGAAUUCCCCCUCGUGCACAGAUUGCACACCCUCACGUGAACAUUUUUGCCUAAUGGAAAAUAAAGCAGACUAUGUAAAAAUGACAAGCAGUCCCCAAUAUGACAAGAAGUCCCCAAUUAGAACACCACAAAAAGAGAUCUUGGCCAAUUUUCUUUCAGUUUUACACACAGACACACCUGUGCACAAACACACACAGUCUCCCUCUGCUGACUCCUCGGGAUGCAGAAGGAAGUAUUUUUAGGGAGGAGCAGAAAAUAAAACAUGCUCCCUAACUCACGUGGGAAAAGGUUAAAUAAACACAGCACCCCGCCCAUAGUCGUACAAUGCCUUGUUUUUGGCUUGUUGCACACACACACAUCCAAAUGCCUUGUUCUUACAUCUUAUCUUUUCUGUGGUUGUUUUGUUCAGCCUGUGUAUAUAUUGUAUUUAAUUCAGAGUUGUGAGGUUUGGAAUUGAAUGUAUAAGCUUGGUAAUGCUGGCUUUUCUAGUUAUGUUUUUCCUCCCGUACAAAUCAAACACUCUGAGCCUCCCACUGUAAAAUGUACAUGGCCAAAUGAAGCAGCAUUGAGAAAAAUGAGAAUCUUGAUAGAAGCCCAGAUUGUCUCAUAAAGCGUGUUUGUUUAGAGGAGGAGAGGGUGGAGAAAUAACUUUCCAGUGGAAAUGAUCAAGUGCUGUCACAAUAGCGUUUCUGAGAGCGAGUAAAACACUGUUGGAUUAUGUAGAACCACAAUCUGGUUUUCUUUGUGUACACUGCCCCAGCUUUUCUCGAUAAAGGCAGCGAGCUAAAGGCCCCCUGCCAAGACAAUGUCUUACAUCACAUUACAGGGAGAAGCGUGGAGUCAAGGCGUUUUUGGCAUUUAGCAGUGGACAUACUGAAAGAUAGUUCAUUCUCUUCUCUAUACAGCUACCAGCUAUUUGUCUGAUACUUGGAACUAGAACUUAUCCAAAGGGGAAAGACGUGAUACAGCUGUUACAUUUAUCAAUAACGUUGAACAUGAUGUUGUCAUAAGACUGUUAUAACAUGUCAAAACGGCACCAAAUUUCUUUACACAGGGUGCAAUGUUAUUAUAAGGGAAUGUGACAUCAAAUACCACUCGGUUUUUCUUAGUAAAGGGGUAGUUUAGCCCAAAACAAAAACAUUCUGUGAUCAUUUUCUUCCCCUCAUGUCAUGUCAAACCUGUAUGACAGUCUUGUGCAGAACACAAAAGAAGAUCAUUUAAAAAUUGUUGGCAACAGAAACCUGUUGGUCCCUAUGCACUUCUAUUGUAUGGACAGGAAACCCAUGCAAGUCAAUGGGGCCAAUAGUUUUUGUUUACCAACUUUUUUUUUAAAAAGCUUCUCUGGUGUUCUGAAAAAAACGAAAGAUAUACAGGUUUGACAUGAUAUGAGGGGUGGGGGUGAUGAAAGAAUCUUUGUUUUUGGGUGAACUAUCCCUUUAAUGUUGGUUGAUAUGUAUGUAAAUACCUUAGUACAUUUGUUAUGAAUGCAUUUGCAAUGUCUUAACGUUAAUCUCAGAUUGCUCUUAUCAGCCCAUUAGGUUUCACUUUUUAAAAACUUGUUCAGACCUGAACCCAGAUCAUUGUGAUUGCCAUAGACAGCAUCAUCAUUGUAUCUUGGGGCAGCCUGAUGAGGUUUUGGACUCGAACACAACCAUAAAAAUCAGAUCACAAGACGUGAUACUGCAGAGAUCCCGAGAGUACAGACUCCGGUUGCUCUCCCUCUUUUUCAAAGGAUCACCUUGAGAUGUGAACUGUUGUGAACAUAUGAGAAGUCUGAGCACGCGUGCACACAAGUUGAAAUUUGUACCGAUCUGCACAACAUGGAGGUCGUGGUGGGUCAGGAAAAAGAAAUAUGACUAAAUUCCUGUGGAUCUAAAUAGAUUACAGGGGGACUUACCCUCUGAACUGCAGAGGAACACAAUGUGAACAGGGAAGAUAAAUGUUUUAGGUGCGUAUAUACGUGAGAGUUUGUUUUCAUAAUUAAAUGCCUGACUGGUUUAAAAAGCUUUGGAUGUGAUGGUUUGCAUUCCCACAUUAAACAAAAAUCUCACUGAUUUCUGCUGAGACUUUACAGGACUGCUGUGAAAAACUUCAGGGGGAUUGAACACAUUGAACUAUGUCAGGCCACACAAAAAGACUAUUGUUUUUCCAUUUCCAGCGAGAGCCAUUUAACGCUUUUUUCUUUCUUGGGAUUGUUAAAUUCUCGGACCGCCAAUCCUCAAGUAAAUUUUUCCAUUUAAAGUAAGAUACACUGUUUACAAACUUUGUGCCUCCCUUUUGAUAAGAAUGUACUGAUGACUCACUCUUUAUUGUAGGAUUUUACAGUGUGUUCUUAAAAUAUGUGUCACUUGCAAAAAUUAAAGUGCCUUUUCUAAAUCAUGA